GGGUUCUUCGAGAUGCUGUUUGGCGACUCGUCGCCAUUCCCGGAGCACCUCGGCCUCGGCCCAGAGGCGAGUGUCGGUCGCUGUGUCGGAGACACCUGUCCCCGACACCAAGACAGCCAGCCCUCUCCGCUGCCCCGCGGCGGGAGAGCGUGUCCGGCCGGCCGGCGGGGCUCGCGCACCCUCCCUCGCCUCCCCUUACCCCGCAGCCUCCGCCCCGCCAGGCCCGGCCCGGACCUCCGAGCCCCGGCCUCCUCCUCCUUCUCUGUCACCACCGCCGCCGCCGCCGGGCUCCACAGCCCCGCCCGCCGCUUCUCUUUCCAGUUUGAGAAGCCGAAGAAGGAAACAGGGAAAAAUGUCGCCAUGAAGGCCGAGAACCGCUGCCGCCGCCGACCCCCGCCGGCCCCGAACGCCAUGAGCCUGGGUCCCCGCCGCGCCCGCUCCGCUCCGACCGCCGCCGCCGCCGAGGCCCCCGUUGAUGCCGCAGAGCUCCCCCAGCGCCGCCGCCACCGCUUCCGACAUGGACAAGAACAGCGGCUCCAGCAGCUCCUCCGCCUCUUCGGGCAGCAGCAAAGGGCAACAGCCGCCCCGCUCCGCGUCGGCGGGGCCGGCAGGCGAGUCUAAACCCAAGAGCGAUGGAAAGAACUCAAGUGGAUCCAAGCGUUUUAAUCGCAAACGUGAACCUUCCUAUCCCAAAAAUGAAAAUUUUAGCAACCAGUCCCGUCGCUCCAAUUCACAGAAAAGCAAAACUUUUAAUAAGAUGCCUCCAGAGAGGGGCGGCGGCAGCAGCAAAAUCUUUAGCUCUUCUUUUAAUGGUGGAAGACGAGAUGAGGUAGCAGAGGCUCAGAGGGCAGAGUUUAGCCCUGCCCAGUUCUCUGGUCCGAAGAAGAUCAAUCUGAACCACUUGUUGAAUUUCACUUUUGAACCCCGUGGCCAGGCGGGUCACUUUGAAGGCAGUGGACAUGGCAGCUGGGGAAAAAGGAACAAGUGGGGGCAUAAGCCUUUUAACAAGGAACUCUUUUUACAGGCCAACUGCCAAUUUGUAGUGUCUGAAGACCAGGACUACACAGUUCAUUUUGCUGAUCCUGAUAUCUUAGUCAACUGGGACUUUGUGGAACAAGUGCGCAUUUGUAGCCAUGAAGUGCCAUCUUGCCCAAUAUGCCUAUAUCCACCUACUGCAGCCAAGAUAACCCGUUGUGGACACAUCUUCUGCUGGGCAUGCAUUCUGCACUACCUUUCACUGAGUGAGAAGACCUGGAGUAAAUGUCCCAUUUGUUACAGUUCUGUGCAUAAGAAGGAUCUCAAGAGUGUUGUUGCCACAGAGUCACGGCAGUAUGUUGUUGGUGAUACCAUUACGAUGCAGCUGAUGAAGAGGGAGAAAGGGGUCUUGUUGGCUUUGCCCAAAUCCAAAUGGAUGAAUGUAGGCCAUCCUAUUCAUCUAGGAGAUGAACAGCACAGCCAGUACUCCAAGUUGCUGCUGGCCUCUAAGGAGCAGGUGCUGCACCGGGUAGUUCGGGAAGAGAAGGUAGCUCUGGAGCAGCAACUGGCGGAGGAGAAGCACACUCCCGAGUCCUGCUUUAUCGAGGCAGCUAUUCAGGAGCUCAAGACUCGGGAAGAGGCUCUGUCAGGAUUGACUGAAAGCGGAAGGGAGGUCCCUGGUGUUGUGCCUGCUCUGGAACAACUGGUGCUGAUGGCUCCCUUGGCAAAGGAGUCCGCUUUUCAACCCAGGAAGGGUGUGCUAGAGUAUCUGUCUGCUUUUGAUGAAGAGACCACCGAAGUUUGUUCUCUGGGUUCCCCUCAUCCUCUUGCUCUCCCUCUGGUGGAGGAAGAGGAAGCAGUGUCUGACCCAGAGCCCGAGGCCUGUGAUGACUCAGAGUUAGCAGAUGACAGUCUCGGAGAGGGGACCAUUUGCCCUGAGUCCAGCCAGCAGGAACCCAUCACCAAGCCAGGCUUCACACACCUGAGCAGCUCUCCUUGUUACUACUUUUAUCAAGCGGAGGACGGGCAGCACAUGUUCCUGCACCCUGUGAACGUGCGCUGCCUUGUGAGGGAGUACGGCAGCUUGGAGCAGAGCCCGGAGAAGAUCUCGGCGGUAGUGGUGGAGAUCGCUGGCUACUCCAUGUCCGAGGACGUUCGACAGCGCCAUAGAUACCUCUCUCACCUGCCGCUCACCUGUGAGUUCAGCAUCUGUGAGCUGGCUCUGCAGCCUCCUGUGGUCUCUAAGGAAACCCUAGAGAUAUUCUCAGAUGACAUUGAGAAGAGGAAGCGUCAGCGCCAAAAGAAGGCUCGGGAGGAAUGCCGCCGGGAGCGCAGGAUUGAGAUGGAGGAGAACAAGAAACAGGGCAAGUACCCAGAAGUCCACAUUCCCCUAGAGAAUCUACAGCAGUUUCCUGCCUUCAAUUCCUAUACCUGCACCUCCGGUUCUGCUUUGGGUCCCACCAGCACUGAGGGCCAUGGUGCCCUCUCCCUUUCUCCUCUUAGCAGAAGUCCAGGUUCCCAAGCAGAUGCUGAGGGUUGGAAAAGCAAAAGCAGAUGUGUGGCCCAAAACUGCUCCCAAAAAAGAUGAAAACAGCUUAGUUCCUCCUGCUCCUGUGGACAGCGAUGGGGAGAGUGAUAACUCAGACCGUGUUCCUGUGCCCAGUUUCCAAAAUUCCUUCAGCCAAGCUAUUGAAGCAGCCUUCAUGAAACUGGACACACCAGCUACUUCAGAUCCCCUCUCUGAAGAGAAAGGAGGAAAGAAAAGAAAAAAACAGAAACAAAAGCUGCUGUUCAGCACCUCAGUCGUCCACACCAAGUGACACUACUGGCCCGGCUACUUUCUCCAUCUGGUUUUCUUUUUUCUGUGCUUUUGUUUUGCUGCUGUAAUUUUUAAGUAUUUGAGUUUGAAAAGAUUAGCUCUGGGGGGAGGGGGUUUCCACAGCGUGAGGGGGAACCAAGAAAAUUUUAAAUACAGUGUAUUUUCCAGCUUCCCAUCUUUACACCAAAAUAAAGUAUUGACACAAGAGAUCUCUUCCUGCCAAGAUUUUUAGUUUGUUACCAGGGUUAGUCUUUUUUUUGACCCAUGUGUAAUUAGUUUUUCUCACCCCAAAUAAGUUUGAGUCCGUUCACCAUUGCUUGGAACAGCCCACACCCCAGAGUGUUCUAGCACUGCUCUGCUGACAUGUCAGAGCCUCAUGGUUUCAACACAUCGCUCAGUGUGUCUUUUAAUAAUAGUUGUCUUUCCUGUUUAGUUUUCCUCUUGUUACAAGAAACAGAGAGUGGGAAUAAAAUGGAUUUAGGACGCCCAGCUUGAAUUGCAGUUUUUCUUCUGAGAAGUGGCCAGGCUACGGUGCCGGGCCUGGUUUGCUUACCUAUGUGCUAGAGGGUUUUAGAUCUUGUAUGUGGCUCAUUUGGCAAGGAAAGCUGUAAUUGUCACUAAAGAAGCCCUGGAACCUGCCAACUGUUAGAUGAAGCUUGUUUCGAGUGACAGUGGCCUGAGUUGUAGGAACAGAGGAGUCUGGCACACCUGGAGGCGGAGCCGGGCAGGUUUGAAAGCAGUGGUAGUGCCCACUGCCUCCCUGUUUUCCAGAGCAGUCAAUGACUUGGUUGGAGCGGAAUUUGAGUGAUGUGAAUUAUUUUGCCGUUUAAUAGUGACCUCUAGGUAUAAUAUAGAAUGUGAAGGCAAACAGUUGCAAUAAAUCACCUGCACAAGCAA